GUAACUUGAGGUACAUUACAUGCUACGCUAAGAAUGGUGUUUCAGUUUUCAUUACCGGAAGUUAUUGUUGAAAAACCAGAACCAAUACGUGAUCUAAAUAUUGAUACACAAAUCUUUGGAAUAUCACAAGAAAUGCGCGAUAUUAUUUUCAAAAUAAAUGAAAUUUUUAUAAGUUUGCUGGCAUUCCGGUACAAUGAAAGACAAGAACUAGAAUACAAUAAGAUUGAUCUUACAGCAAUAAAUUCAGAAAUAUUAAGGCAAACAGAAUUCGGCUGUAAUCUUCUACCUCCAAACGUAGUCAUACUAGAACCAAGUGGAUUUUCAAAUGAUGAUAACGAAAUCUUACAUGUUACGGAAAUGUAUAGAAGAGAUUUUUCUUUGGAGGAGAAUGAUUUUCUAGAUAUUUGUGCAGAUGAGGCGAUAUUUAGACGAUUAAUUAAAUGCCGCAAUAAAUCAGAAAAUAUACGGCCUAUUCUUGGUGUUAAAUUUUUGGAUAAAUUUGCAGCUGUUAUUGACUAUCGAUCUACAAGAAGGGUUUUAGAACUAAUCUGGGUUGCAGUUGGAGCAGCCAUUAAUAUAUACUUACAAAAAAAAAAAUAUCCACUGUUAGAAAAAAAACUUCGUCUUUGUGUUUCUAUAAAUUUAGCAAGAGAAGGACAUUAUCCUGCUUUUGAUGAAGCGUUAGAAACUCAUGGUGUUGCUUAUAUUAAACAGAAUAUUACUGGAAAUUCGUGUAAUCAAGAAAACUUAGAGUUACAAAUUAAAGCAACUCAAGAGGAAAGAAAUCGAAUAGAUACAUUAUUAAAUGAAUUUCUGGGUACUUACACAUAUCAACAUAAGGAUCGCAACACAAAUAAUCAUAUUGAACCAUUAUGA